AUGGGACAGUUUGACAACCCCAACAUCAUACGGCUGGAAGGAGUGGUCACCAAGAGUAAGAGAAUCCUGCUGCAGACCUGUGAUGAUUGUGGUGAAUACAUGGAGAACGGAUCCCUGGACUCUUUUCUGAGGCAGCAUGAUGGCCACUUCACAGUGGUCCAGCUGGUGGGGAUGCUGCAUGGCGUGGCGUCAGGGAUGACCUACCUGUCUGACUUGGGCUACGUGCACCGUGACCUGGCCGCUCGCAACAUCCUGGUAGAUGAGGGUCUGGUGUGUAAGGUGUCUGACUUCGGCCUGUCCAGAGUCCUAGAGGACCACCCUGAGCCUGCAUAUAACACCAUGGGGGAUAAGAUCCCGGUCCGUUGGACAGCUCCCGAGGCCAUCACCUACAGGAAGUUCUCUUCAGCCUCCGACGUCUGGAGCUACGGCAUCGUCAUGUGGGAAGUGAUGUCGUACGGGGAGAGACCUUACUGGGAGAUGUCCAAUCAGGAUGUGAUCCUGUCUAUAGAGGAGGGUUACCGUCUCCCUGUCCCCAUGGACUGUCCUGGGGUUCUGCACCAGUUGAUGCUCCACUGCUGGCAGAAGGAGAGAGGGCAGAGACCUCACUUCAACAGCCUGGUCUCCUUCCUGGAUAAACUCAUCAGGAACCCCACUAGUCUACUGACACUGGUGGACAACAGUUUUCCAGAAUCACUGGAGGACGUGCCGGACUACCCUCUGUUCAUCUCCAUCGGUGAUUGGCUGGACUCCAUCAAGAUGAGCCAAUACAAGAACCAGUUCCUGGCAGCAGGGUUCACCACCCUGGACUCUGUCUCCACCAUGAGUAUAGAGGACAUCAGGCGUAUCGGUGUGUCUCUGAUUGGCCACCAGAGGAGGAUAGUGAGCAGUAUUCAGAGUCUCCGUCUACAGUUCCUCACCGUCCAACACAACAGCUUCCACAUCUAAACCAACCCCCAGAACGCUAGGACUGCACAGACAGACAGACAGGCCUGGGUGUGUUCAUUCGGCACCGAACGGAAAAGAAAACAAACUGAAAACAGAGAGCGAUUAGCUGAACUCGUUCAAUAAGAAACGCUUGUUUCUAAAAUUCUAGAUGUUCUCUCGGCGGACUGGUGAACUCUUACCCGUGGACUACAGUGGUUUUACCAAGGAGGCUUCUGUCCCUGAUCCAGAAGACUUGAGAUGGAGGUAGUUUCAGCCCACGUCCUGAAGAGCACCCUUUUCCCUUCAUGGUGCACCGUUUAGGACAGAC